AAAUUCAAUGCAGUGUCACAGGGCUUAGCAACUGAUGACGCGGACCUCGUUCGUAUAAGGUAAAACGAAGCGCUGACUAUAACAGGAAGGAUUCAUUUCAUAAUUUAUUCACUACCUGGGUGACUAAACAACGUCUCGGCAGGCAUGAUUGAUCAAUCCCAUUCAUAUCACGAGAUACUGUCAUUACCGCUCAAUCGCGAUAGCUAACAAUCUUCCCAAAGGUAUCGGCCAUGCCCCAGAUUCCGCUCCGCAGGCAGGUCAACUGCACGAUCUGAGAAUGAUCCACGAACAAAUUGACAUCGAUGCCAAACUCGCGAACAUACCAAUUGAAGACGGGAGGGUCGGCGGCCUCGAACAUGACCUUUUCCUGUGGCAGAUCUCGAAGGAUGGCUUGGAUGACGUCCGUCCGCCAGCUCUUGACGUUCUCGGUGAUGCCCUCGCUCUCGAUCAUCAUGCGUUCGACGCCCGCUUCGAUGAACUUCUUGCCCAGGUUGAUCACUUUGCCGGGGUCUGAGGUGCCGGUGGCUUCCAGAUCCUCCGCCGCCGUGUCACCGCCGGCUCCGAACUGAAUGCCCAGCUCCGGCUUCGCCUUGAGGCCCAUGCCGUGGACUUUGUCCACGAGCCGCAACCAGUCGUCCGGUGGGAACGACAGGAACCCCGAAGACAGUUCGAUCACGUCGAAGCCGACGUCCUUGGACUUUUUCAGGUACCUGUCGACGGCCGUCUGGGCGUCGGGCUGGGUCAAGAUGUGUUCCAUCCACCCACCCGUGCUCACAUAGACUUCGUGUUGAUGUGCGAGGUCGACCAGUUCACGCACGGCGUGCUCGGGCAUCAUGGAGAAACUUCCGCCGGCGAACUUGAGGCCGUCAAUGUGGUACCCCAUCGUCUCGAGCACGUCUUGCAAGUGACGCUUGCCGUAGGCAGAGUAGUACGGGCCCCGAAUCUCGGUCACGCCUCUCGUCCGUGGCUUCGGUGUGCGAGGAUUGUGACGGAUGAACCCAAAGCCAUUCUCUUUGUCCUGAAGAAGGGUUUGUGCUUGGUUUUGUAUCGGACCCGACGACAGAAGACGGUGGCUCCGUGCGAGUUGGAUGCGGGAGGUCGGUCGAGCGGCUGUAGAGAUGAGAUUGCUGACCGCCUUUGAAGCCAUUUGUUUGGUCUUGAGAAGUUGAUGUUUUUUUUCUGUAUCUUUACAAAGAUUCAACUAGAGGAUUAGACGGUAAGUCGUGGAGGUUGUUGCGGUAUAGACAGGCGAAGAAACAACUGCGAGAAUCGCGACCUCAACGAGCAUUUGUUGGAUCCGUCUACGAGUACGAUGGACAUGGGUGACAUCAGCCAUUCUGUAUUACAACGGUCUUUCCACGUUCCCAAGACCCAGACAUGAGUUCAUAGCUCGACGAUCGACCCAAUCUAUUCAAGAUAGUAACUACUCACCGUGAGGAGACAAGGAUCAAUGAGCCUCGCGGGAAUUCAUACCCGAGAAAGCAUGACAUCAAAAGCCUCGUGGGGUAUAAGAAGUACACAACGAGUCAUGAAGGAGGAUCUUGCCAGUGAACACCUCAUUGGAAGAUUUUUUAAAAUGGCACCUUUUAUUAUAUAAUUCGAUAUCUCAACACAUAAAAUACCUUCGACAUUGGUACGAAAUAUCAACCCCCAUUUCAAAAGAGUCCUCUGACAGCGCAACUCGUUCGGGAUAUUGUAGUGUAACUACUCCGUACCUCCAAAUCCACUUCUCACGAUUGGGGAAAGUGGAGGUUGUCCGAAAUGGAAGUGGUGGCAGCUGUCGACCUCUGGUACUUUUUACACCCAUAAAUCAGAAAACAUACGUGUGGGUGUCGUCUCCGUUUAUUCGAAUAUAUUUCGCAUUUAGGGUCUCGAUGGAAAAAGUUCUGCGGUAAGUUUGCGUCGGGAAAUUUAGUUGAGAAGUCGACCCAUGGACAACAAAACAAAAACCAUGGACAGCGUAGACCACACUUUCAAGUUGGCCGACUUCCUGGCACGACUGAAUUAUGAUCAACUGCCACGAGAGGUCAUCGAGCAGGCGAAACGGUCCGUUCUGAACGCCCUCGGAUGCGGCUUGGGCUCAUGCCACGCCUCACCUGCGACCAAAGCGAUCAAGGCACUUUUGUCGUCCAAUACCACCACCCAAACAAACGAAGAAUGCACGAUACUAGGUCACCGUGAACGAACCAGUUUCGACACCGCGGUCAUGGUCAACGGCAUCUCCAUAACGACCGCGGAUUACGACGACACCCAUCUACGCACCGUCAUUCAUCCUUCGGGGACACCCCUCGCCGCGCUCUUGUCGUGGGCUGAAAUGCAUCCCAUGUCAGGCAAAGACUUUAUCCUAGCAUUCGUCGCCGGCUUGGAGACGCAGUGCGCCGUGGGCAACGCUUUAGGGCCCAGUCAUUAUAAAGAUGGUUGGCACAUCACAGGUACAACUGGACACUUUGCAGCGGCGGCUGCCAUCUCAAAAGCAAUGAAGCUCGAUUCGGCGCAAUUCGCUGCAGCCCUGGGUCAUGCCUCGACCAUGGCAGGGGGUCUGCGCGCAAUGUUCGGUGUAGACAGCAAGACGUUACACAUGGGCCGAGGAGCGCAGAACGGAAUCCUCGCAGCGAGAUUGGCGGCCCAAGGGUUCGGGAGCUGUACGAGACCGAUCGAAUCGUGGCUCAAACUGGUUUCGACGACUGUGGAUGAAAGUCGAGUGUCGGCCCUUGCCGAGGAAGGGGGCAAAUCAUGGCAGAUCCUCGAGAACACAUUCAAGCCGUACCCGUGUGGUAUUGUAAUCCACCCGCUCAUCGACGGUUGUCUAGAGGCACAUCGGUACUUUUCCCAAGACGCCGUCGCAGCAGGCGGGAAAGAACCGUUCCAUAUGAAGCUGGCAUCGAUCGAGGCCGUGGUUAACCCGCAAUGCGUACGGUUAUGUUCAGUCAGACAUCCCCAGACCCAACUCCAGACCAUCUUUUCCUUGUACCACGGUUGCGCGGUAGGCCUGGUUCACGGAGCGGCCGGCCCAGCCGAGUUCUCGGACGAAGUGGCCGCUCAAGACGCGACGGUCAGAGCAGUAAGAGACAAGAUCAAUGUCACGACGGACGACAAGGUGAGGGACGACGAGGCGUACUUGACGUUCAAGUAUAAACCGGCUCAAGGCGCGGGACUGGCAGAGAAGUCGUUCCACGUUGAACAUGCGACAGGGUCUGUGGCGCGACCAAUGACCAUCGAACAGCUCGAGAAGAAGUUCUCUGACCAGGCAGCUCCUGUCAUUGGCGCUCAAAAGACCAAGGCUGUCAUCGAGUCGUGCUGGAAACUUGAGGAUACAGAGGACAUAGUGCACCUGGCGAGACUGCUCGUACCUUGAAAUAUCGAAUCUUCCUCAGUG